AUGCUCUCCCCUCUCAGACGCCCAUGUGCCCUCCGAAUAAUUCCCGUUCGCUCUCUCCACACAGAGGCACAUUCAGGUCAGCCUUUGCUACAAAUUCUCUCCAACUAUUGUCUGAACAACCCCCCAGCACCGUUUCCGAGGCGAACGCACUCAUGUGGCUCCUUGUCAGCGCAAGACGCUGGUUCCAAAGUAGUUCUCGCGGGCUGGCUCCUGCCAGAACGAAAAGGAAAGGCUGUGUCCUUUUACCCGCUCAAGGACUCGGAGGGCACUACCCAGCUCACAGUCAAUCACUCUUCUAACCCCUCCGCAUCCAACACCCUCUCUUCUAUCUCAGUCGAGUCUGCCGUUCUUAUACAAGGCACAGUCGCUCUUCGUCCGGAGACAGCACGUCGUCCUGUUCGUGAACACCCACUUUCUCUCUCCCGACACGUUUUGAUCGUCCGUUUGUGCCCUCUCAAGGGCCCUGCAGGGGAUAUUGAUGUAGAGGUCGACCAAGUCACUCUUCUGAACCCAGCGGCGUCUCUGCCGUUUGUCCCCUCAAACGUUCACAACCUACCAAGUGAAGACCUCAGGGCUCGAUACCGCUUUUUAGACCUUCGACGCACCGCCCUCUCUUCCAACAUCAAGAAACGAAGCAAAGUAGCUCAUAUUAUCCGAUCCACCCUCCACGACCAAGGAUUCACCGAAGUCGAGACGCCUGUCCUGUUGCGAUCAUCACCAGAGGGCGCGAGAGAGUUCCUCGUCCCAACGCGCCAAUCAAAUCAUUCUGAUGCCUCACCACGCGAGUCAGACCCGCUAUUUUACGCCCUUCAACAGUCCCCGCAGCAGCCAAAACAAUUGUUAAUAUGUUCGGGCGGAGUCGACAAAUAUUUCCAGAUCGCCAAGUGCUUCCGCGAUGAAGAUGGACGUAAAGACCGACAGCCUGAAUUCACUCAGGUCGACCUUGAAAUGGCUUUCGUCUCUUGGGGUAAUCCCAAUUCGCCUCCCACACACCCCUCCGCCGAACAGGAUCAAGCCUGGAACAUAGGGGGGCAUGAGGUACGCGACGUUAUUGAGGACUUAAUUCGGAAAAUCUGGCAAGACGUGGAAGGCGUUCAAUUAUCUCCAAGGUUCAAAGUCAUGACAUACCGUGAAGCUAUGGAACGUAUUGUCAACCUCAGCGAUCUCUUGUCAGGGACUCCCACACCGGCGGGGGACGACAUACUCGAGUGCAUCGUUGUCCGCAAAUCUCGCGAACCGGAAUAUAUCGCUGCCUCGCGGACUUUGGAACACCCCGAAGCUGAACGCUGGAUUCUUACCAAAUCCAGCGUGGAUAACUGGCUCUUGAAGAGUAAAGUUGCUCGCGCAAUUUACGAUGCUGACUUGCCAGAGGGCGCCCAAAAGAUCCUAAAUGAAGCACUGCAAUUGCAACCAGGCGAUCAUGUUUACCUCUCUCACCGAUCGCGUUUGCCGAAGGGUGGUUCCACCGCGCUGGGCAGAACCCGUCUCGGGAUAUUCGAAACCGCUCAGAAGAGAGGCGAUGUUACGGUGACGGAGGAACCUCACUUUCUCUGGAUAACCGAAUUUCCCCUGUUCACGCACGACGAUUCGGACAAGGAAUUCUUAGCCCAUGGUCGGUGGAGUAGUUCUCACCAUCCUUUUACUGCCCCCAUGUGGCAAGAUAUCGACGCGCUGUACAAGGGUGAUAUCGAACACGUUCGUGGCCAGCACUAUGACCUCGUAUUGAAUGGUGUGGAAAUCGGCGGAGGUUCAGUUCGAAUCCACGAUGCGACCAUGCAAGACUACAUCUUCACUCAGGUGUUACAGUUGAGCGAUCAAGAGAAAGCCCCAUUUAAUCAUCUCCUGCACGCCCUUAGAUGUGGCGCUCCGCCUCAUGGCGGCAUCGCACUAGGCUUUGAUCGUUUGAUGGCUAUGCUCUGUAAGACCCAGUCUAUCCGCGACGUGAUCGCCUUCCCGAAAUCAAGCGGAGGGAAGGAUCCUAUGUUUAGGAGCCCUGCACCGGUGGAUGGAGAGGUGCUUGGACAGUAUGGGAUCCGACUUGCCUCUAACGAGGAAUCAAAAUAAGGUCUUGCGCUUCGGAGAGGGUCAGGCGGCAGGGGAGCACGGUCGCACCUGGUCGUUUCUGACUGACAGGGCACGGCAGGGUGCAUAUUGUACACAGUCGGAAUGGAGGUGUAUAUGGGAAAUGACAUAGACUCGGGGUGGCUGUAGAGUUCUAGAACGGGUGUUACUGAUUUUGCGUACAUACUUGCCACUUACUGACCGGCGGUUCUGAUUGGAAAGAGGGACAGCAUGAAUAUACAUAGACAGUAGAAGAUCCACC